AUGGUUGUUGCACACGAUUUACAGCUUUUUGGUGAUUUCAAGUUUGAAUUGUCAGACAAUUGGAGAAAUGAUUGUGCCAAAAAAGCAUUGGAACCAAUAAUAAAUCAAUGCGCUGAGGGUAUUGAGACAAUCUCCCCAUUCCAACAGAAACUGAUUGCAAUACAAUUAUCAAUAUGUGAAUUUGAAAAUGCCGAAAUAUCCUAUCCCAGUGAAUGCAGAUCUCAGAAUUUAGACACUUGUAUCUUGUUAUUGGAAAAGUCGCCUCAAUACUGGACAACUUUCAGUGGCUACUACAGAGAAAUAAGAAAUAUAUGCCAUCAAGUAAGUUUACCAUUUGCUAAAGAUCAGAUUUUACAAGUGUAUGGGAAUAUUAACUGA